AUGGAGGACCACAUCCGACAGAGCAUAUCCAAUCACCCAGGCCCCUUCCAGCACUUGACGAGCAGCUCCCCUCACCCAUCGCAUCGCUCCGAGAGAAUGACGCCCCGCGCCUACGACGAAGCUACCUCCACGGGCGUGGAGACCGAGGGCUCCAACAUGUCCCAGCAGCAACAACGUCACACCAGCGCCGAUGAGGAGGGCAAGCCUCCACCUCGCUACACCCCCGAGACCGACCCCUUCCGCCUCGCGUCUAAGCUAAAGACCGAAGAGGAGAUCCGUCAGAUCAAAGCCAACACCGGGCGCAAGCGCGAUGCCAACGGCCCACGGGUGAUGGAGAUGGUGCGGGACACGGGGGCUAAGGGCAAGCAGGCGCUCAUCACUCGCAAAUUGCAGGGCUUCUACGAGACGCAGAAUGAGAAUAUCGAGCGCAUGCUAAAACCAGUCGAGGAACACGUCCGGGCCGCGCGGGAACUCAAUUCCGAGAAUAGUCUCAAGUACAAGAUCGCCGUGUACGCCAGUUUCGCGGCGAACAUCAUCCUGUGCGUUGUGCAGGUGUACGGUGCAGCCUCCUCCGGCUCGCUGUCGCUGUUCACCACUAUGGCAGACGCUAUUUUCGACCCCAUGUCGAAUUUGACCCUGCUGCUGUGCAACAAGGCUGUUAACCGCGUUGAUCCACGCAAGUUCCCCGCCGGAAAGGCGCGUAUCGAGACAGCCGGUAAUAUCUGCUUCUGCUUCUUGAUGACGGCAGUCUCGUUCAUUAUUAUCGCGUUCUCGAUCCGUGAGCUUGUCGCUGGCUCGGACACUCUCCUCGCGCCCUUCCACUUGCCCUCUAUUAUCGCGGUGGCUGUUGCAUUUGUUACGAAACUCGGUCUGUUCAUGUACUGCUUCGCGCUGCGGAACCAGGUCUCGCAGAUUCGCAUUCUUUGGGAGGACCACCGCAAUGACCUGCUCAUCAAUGGAUUUGGUCUGUUGACUUCGGUCCUCGGUUCUAAAAUUCGCUGGUGGAUUGAUCCCAUGGGCGCUAUUAUGCUGUCCGUUCUGGUCAGUGGCCUCUGGCUGCACUCUGCCUAUGGCGAGUUCCAGCUGCUGGUCGGCGUGACUGCCGAUACCAAGAUGCAGCAGCUCAUUACUUAUAUCUCCAUGACCCACUCCCCCCUCAUCACUGCCAUCGACACCGUCCGCGCCUACACUUCCGGCCCCCGCCUGCUCGUCGAAGUCGACAUCGUCAUGGAGGACUCGGCCUCACUCCGCGCCACCCACGAUGUCGCCGAGGAACUGCAGAUGAAGCUCGAGUCUCUCCCGGAUGUGGAGCGUGCUUACGUGCACGUUGAUUAUGAGACUACCCAUAAGCCGGAGCAUUUCCUCAAGAAGGAGCUCUAG